AUGACCCACGGGGUAGACGUAUCUUACGAGGCCGUUGAAGACUUUUCGUCUUGCUUUCUUGCGAUCGGUGUUUUUUCCGUUCUCUUCUUCUGUGUCUUUCUUGCGAUCGUCAGAAGACUGUCUCCCGAUGAAGAUGAUAUUGAAGCUGGUCCUUCUGCUUCGUUUGCUUCUGAAGACGAAGACGAGUUUGCUGCUUCUGAAGACGACCGAGACAGAGACAGAGGAGAAGAAGAAGAAGAAGAAGAAGAAGAAGACAAAGACGACAAUGCUUCUACGGAGGCUCUCUACGGAUCUUCACGGGAGCAUUCUGAAGACGAACUCGAAGUUCUUGAACUCCCACUUCCUCUUGUCCCAAUACUUCCCCAAGACUUCCCAUUCCCAUACAAUAGGGAAUGUGGGAUUUGUUUUGGGGAAUUCGUCCCCGAAGAUCCUCUAGCCAACAUCCCUUGCCAGCAUGCGUUUCACCUGGCGUGUCUGAGCGAUUUGGUUAGAUGUCCCUUGUGUAGACGCUGA